UAUUGCGUUGACAUUCUUAGACAAUUAGUGUUACAACCUCCUUGUUUAUCAAUAAGCUAAGAACAAGUUAUUGAUGAUAUAAACAACUUCAUCAUAUGAUUUAAAAGUAUGUGGAUCUUUGGAAGAAAAGGUUCAUCUGGAUUUUCAGCAUCUUCAACAGCUGAAGAAGUUAAUGAAGGAAUCAAUGGAUCUGGUCUCACCGCCAUUGUUACUGGAGCUACAAGUGGUAUCGGGUCUGAGACAACACGGGUGCUUGCCUUAAGCAGAGUACAUGUUAUUAUGGCAGUAAGAAAUACAGAAAAAGCGAUACAAGUUAAAGAAACUAUACUUAAAGACAUACCAGAUGCUAAAGUCGAUGUAAUGGAGUUAGAUCUCAGCACUAUGGCAUCCGUGCGGGACUUUGCAGCCAAAUACCGGUCGUCGGGCCUUCCCCUACAUGUUCUAGUUAAUAAUGCAGGUGUUUUGUCUCCACAAUUCAAGCUUUCGAAGGAGAAUAUCGAACUCCAUUUUGCGACUAAUCAUUUAGGUCAUUUUCUUUUGACGAAUCUGUUACUAGAGACGAUGAAGACAACUGCAUAUGACCAAAACAUAGAAGGACGAAUAAUAAACGUAUCAUCUGAAGGACAUCGUUUGACAUACAGUGGAACUUUAUCUAAUCAUAUAAAUAAUGAAUCAAGGUACAAUCAUAUAUAUGCUUAUGGACUAUCAAAAUUGGCGAAUAUACUUCAUGCUAACGAGCUAGCAAGGCAUUUGAAGGAGGAGGGGGUCAACAUCACCGCAAAUUCAUUGCAUCCUGGAUUCAUCAACACUAAUAUUUUUCGUGGCCACAACAUAUUCAUGGUUAUCUGUAACAAGUUUUUGAGGUACUUUAUAAAAAAUGUUUCACAGGGUGCGGCCACGACAUGCUAUCUAGCUUUAAACCCGAAGGUAAAGGGCAUUACGGGUGAGUUUUUUUCUGAUAGUAAUUUGAAAAGGCCGUCAUCGCGUGCAAGUGAUCAAGAGUUAGCUAAGGAAUUGUGGAAGUUUAGUAUGGGAUUGACUAGUUCAAAGUGAGUAAAGAUUUGGUUUGUUGAUGUAUAUGUUAUAUAUUAUCCUUAGUACUUCAAAAUUUUCAAUUAAUAUGUAUUUAUA